AUGUGCGCGUGGCCUUGCGUGAGUCUUCCUUCACUUAUCAAGGCGGACACAACAAAUCACUUCUCCUAUCCUCAAAACAUGUCUGCCUCUUCGUUGUCUACUCUCGAGCCUCCGCCGGUGAUGACAGACUGGACAAAGCUUCCGUUGGAGUUGACUUCUUCGAUCCUCCUUAGGCUUGGUGCUGUUGAGAUACUUGAAAGCGCUCAGAAGGUUUGCACACAGUGGCGAAGGAUCUGUAAAGACCCUUCCAUGUGGCGAAAAAUCGAUAUGCGAGACAUGGGAUACCGUGGAACGGCCGACUUGGAUUACGAUUUCAUGUGUCAUCACGCUGUUGAUCGAAGCCAGGGCGGCUUGUUGGAGAUCAAGCUUGGUGUUUUCGCCACCGAUGAACUCCUCAAUUAUGUCGCUGAUAGAUCAAGGAAUCUGAGAAGUCUUCAACUUCGAAUCUUCUAUACAUGUGUGACGAAAGAAGGAUUUAUGAAGGCAAUCCAAAAACUUCCACUCCUUGAAACAUUCGAGGUCUCAAUCUCAGGGAUUAAACUGGAUUUAAAAGCUAUUGGUCAUGCUUGUCCUUUGCUAAAGACAUUGAAGCUAAACUCCUCAGGAUUUUCAAAUUUGUCAGACUACAUACCAUCUCGCAGAAAAUGUGAUGUUGAUGCACUAGCAAUCGCUGAAAGCAUGCCCCAACUACGCCACCUCCAGCUUCUUAAGGACAGAAUUACUAACAAUGGCUUGAAGGCCAUUCUUGAUGGUUGUCCUCACCUGGAACACUUUGAUUUACGCGGGUGUUCCAACAUUAACCUUGUUGGAAAUCUUGAGAAACAGUGUUUAAAAAGGAUCAAAGAGUUAAAACGCCCGGACGACUCAACCGCCGAUUACCCAUUUGAUGCGGCAAUUUUCAAGUAGGAUUCUGACUCAGAUGAUGAUGACUACAAUGUAGAUUUCGUUGACGACAUUGAGGUCUACUAUGCCGAAUAAGGCGACAAGUAUCAGGGCUAUUUAUCGAAUUUUUCUCGACACAAGUUGGUUUUGUUGGUCUUGUCAACUUAUGAACUCGUUCAUGUCUCCUCUUUUCUUUAUGCUGGUACUAUAUACUUGGUUGUUUUGAAUUCCUUAUUUUCUUGAACUUUUAAACUUUAA